CUCUCUGUCAGAAUCUCCUUUCAAAAGGUCCCAAAAAAAAGCAUUAUAUAACUUUAAUUGGUGCGGUUUUCACUGGGAAUUCCUCUUCAAGCGGAAUCAUCAGGGAAACAUGGCUCAUUUUGGAAAAGAUGAGGUGCCAACGCUGUCAGAAAUACGGUCCGAUGAACUUGUGGAUUCUAAUCCCCGAAGGCUUGUAUCCAGGACACCAAGAGCAUCAAUUUCUAUUCCUAUGGUCUCCGUGGAGCCCAAUGAGAGAGAAAAUAGUCUUGCGGGACCCACUGGUCCACUUCAUAGGGUAUCUUCAACCAGAGACAAUCUUGUUCGGUUCAAGAACAUGUUUAUGAUGCUCCAGAAUCCUCAUUAUGCCUAUGACCAAGGUUUUGGGAUAAAUCUUUUUUCUCUCUGCUCUUCCUAUGUGGACCCUCACGCUGAAAGCAUACAACAAUGGAACAAGUUUUUGGCGAUAUCUUGCUUGAUGGCAAUUUUUGUGGAUCCAUUGUUUUUCUUCUUAAUCUAUGUGCAGAAGGAUCAUAAAUGUAUUGUUAUCAACUGGACAUUGACAAAAAUACUUGUUUCACUUAGAAGCAUAAAUGACUUUAUUUAUUUCUUGAACAUUCUUCUCCAGUUUAGGUUGGCUUAUGUUUCUCCAGGGUCAAGGGUGGUUGGUACUCGAAUUUUAGUUAUCAAUCGUAAGGAAAUUGCUCUUCAUUAUCUGAACGGUUAUUUUCGUUUGGACUUUUUUGUUGUGUUACCUCUUCCUCAGAUAAUGAUACUGUGUGUCCUACCAAAUUCCUUGGGGUCAUCAGGAGCAAAUCAUGCGAAGAAUCUUCUGCGCGCAUCGAUCCUUGUACAGUAUAUGCUCAGAUUAUUCAGGUUUCUGCCUCUACUAAUUGGCCAGUCUCCAACUGGAUUAACAUUUGAGUCAGCAUGGGCAAAUUUCAUCAUGAAUCUUCUCAUUUUUAUGCUGUCUGGUCAUGUUGUUGGUUCUUGUUGGUACCUCUUUGGUCUACAGAGGGUUAAUCAAUGUUUGCGAGAUGCCUGCCUUAAGUCUAAUAUUGAUGGAUGCAUGACAUUCAUUGAUUGUGGCCGUGCGUCUCCCCAGAAAUCAGCUCUGUGGAUCAACAACACAGAUGCCACUGCUUGUUUGGAUUCCAGCUCCGGUGCUUUUCCUUAUGGGAUCUAUGCCAGUGCUGUAGAACUUACUAUAGAAACUAAGGUGGUCAACAAAUAUGUUUAUGCGCUUUUUUGGGGCUUCCAGCAAAUCAGUACUCUGGCUGGUAAUCUAACCCCGAGCAAAUUUGUGUGGGAAGUCCUUUUUACAAUGGCCAUCAUAGGAUCGGGACUUUUACUGUUUGCGCUUCUCAUUGGAAACAUACAGAACUUUCUUCAGGCUCUUGGACGGAGGAGGCUAGAAAUGCAACUUAGACGCCGUGAUGUUGAGCAAUGGAUGAGCCAUUGUCGCUUCCCAGAAGAUCUAAAAAAGAGUGUAAGACAGGCUGAACGGUAUAGUUGGGCUGCAACAAGGGGGGUGAAUGAGGAAAUGCUUUUUGAGAAUUUGCCAGAAUAUCUCCGGGCAGAGAUAAGAUGUCAUCUCUUCAGAUUUCUUAAGAAAGUUCGAAUUUUUGUUCGAAUUUUUGCCCUGAUGGAUGUGCCAAUCUUAGAUGCCAUCUGUGAGAGACUAAAACAAAAGACAUACGUCGAAGAAAGUAGUAUUUUGACACGGGGUGGUCUUGUUGACAAGAUUGUCUUUGUUAUGCGUGGAAAAUUGGAGAGUAUUGGAGAAAAUGGAAAGGUGGUUCGCUUAUCAGAAGGGGAUGCUUGUGGUGAAGAACUUCUGACAUGGUAUCUUGAACAUUCUUCUGUAAGCACAGAUGGUAAAAAAGUAAGGCUUCCAGGACAAAGGUUGCAUAGCAACAGGACAGUAAAGUGCUUAACAAAUGUAGAGGCACUUUCACUCCGUGCUGCAGACCUUGAAGAACUCGCAACCCUUUUCCCGAGAUUCUUUCGGAACCCUCAAGCUCUAGCACCCCUCCUGAGAUUUUUCUCAGCAAUCCGAAUUCAGAGUGCUUGGAGAGACUGGAAGAAGCGUCCAAGUCCUGCACUUAUUGGAUAACUCAGAGGGCUACGAAUAAUAUGAAGACAUGAAAGCCCAGUUCGGACAAGAAGAUGAUCAAAAUUAGAGCCCAAGUCAGACAUUAAUUGUUGGAGUUUUAUUUUAUUAUUUGGACCUGUAAAUGUAAUUAAGAACCCAAUUCCCACGAGCCCUAAGGCCAUUGUUUCAAUUUUAUUUAUGUUUUAUUUUUAUUACUAUGGGCCGAAAUUAGUGGAGCCCUAACCCAGUUUGGAUAUGGGUUAUAAGGGCGAAAUUAGAAAACUUUUCAGUAGUUUUCGUUUGAGAGU